AGUCAAUUUCGCGCUUCAGUCCUCCUCUUUUCAUUUGAGUAACGUCCAAGAGGGAGCUAGAAACGUUCACCCCGAGAUUGUAUCUGCAGACUUUCGAACAAGGGCUCGUGUGCGUGUGCAAGCUAGAAACAUGGAGGUCGUGCUACUUCUUUCACUCUGUAUUACAGCUGUAUAUGCUUCCGGCAGCUUCUCAAAAGGAUGGAAUUACAACCCUGAUUCGCCUUUGGGUCCUGCUGGCUGGGGCAACAUUGCUGGCUUUGAGACGUGCGGCAAUGGAACACACCAGUCACCAAUCAACAUCCCAAAAGCCAGCGCAGCAUAUAUGACCUACCCAGCACUCAAUGUUACGAGCAGCCCAUCUAAUGCAAGUUUUUAUUUCUACGCCAACAAUGAUGCAGCUGUGAGAGCGGACCAUUUUGACGCAACAUCAGUGAGCAUUACCGGUGGCCCACUAGAUUCGGAGCAAUACAGUAUCGAUAAUUUCCACAUCCAUUUUGGAAACUCUACGUCCAUGUCAUCCGAGCAUUCAGUAGAUGGUUCAAGAACAGCUGGUGAGCUCCACGUCGUAUUUUUCAAUUCCAAAUACUCGUCUUUAAGAGAAGCUUUGGCCAGUGGAGACAGUGACGCAGAGGCCGUCAUUAGCAUUCUGUUCAAUGUUGCAUCAAACGCUUCCAGUGCACACCCAGGCCUGGAGACGAUUUUACGCCAUUUCUCCACCUUGACAUAUUCGGCCUUCGGUGAUAUACACUCCAUCGACUUCGCCACACUGCUGAGGCCUUCGGACCUUACAUCAUUCUACACAUACAAGGGAUCACAGGCUACGCCAGGGUGUAAUGAGCAGGUUAUAUGGAUGGUCAUGAAUCAAAUACAGUAUGUCCUACCAGCAUCGCUCAAUUCUCUAUCAGGCGUCUUGACAUCUCAUGACGGGAUAACAGAUGUUCCCUUCUUUGGCAAUGCUCGUCCGCAGCAAUCACUCAAUGAUCGAACGAUCUACCAAAACUUUCCGAUGACCUCUGGUCCCCCCACAGUCGCCACGUCCACAGCCGCUCCACAAGUAAGCUUUUGUGUAGUCGUCAACCAAGCGGCGACCAUUUCAUUCUGAAUUCGAAACUCAAGCCUGAUGUGAAUCCACACAGGCGGGUGGUAUGCAGCCCUCACAACCCACACACUUCGUGUACGAACUAGCACCCGGGGAGCUCUGACAUUAUUAUAGUAUUCUUUAGCGUAUGUACAGUAUAAAAUGCACCUAUCACAUCAACGUCCCCAUUUCAGUUUCCGUAUUUGGCUCCUGUUCUCAUGAUUUCAUCCAAGAAGGAAGUCAGAAGGGACGAAGGCUGCAAUAAGCCCAUUGCGCAUUGCCAAAUAUGGAAGGUAUGAGUAAUGCAUGUGAGUACACUGGG